GUACGCCUCCACAUCCAGGGUUGCCCGUUACUACCGGGCGGUGUUCACCUCUGCGAGGUGCAGAAUCACUUGGUCGUCCUGCUGAUCACCGGGCAGACGGUACAUCGCCUGCUCCUGCCGCAUCCCGCCCGCAUGUAUCGCAGUGAGCUGAUAACAGAGAGCCAAAUGCAGUCCGUGUUUACAGAUAUUGGCAAAAUCAACUUCAGAGAUCCUUCGAAUUACUACGUGAUUCCCAGCGUGCCUGGCCUGGCGUCUAACUCUGUCGCCUCGGCGGCGUGGCUCAGCAGCGAGGGGGAGGCUCUCUUCGCUCUGCCUUCUGCUUCGGGGGGGAUCUUCGUCCUUAAGCUGCCUCCUCACGACGCGCCUGGAACGGUUUCACUUGUGGAAUUGAAACAGAGCUCAGUGAUGCAGCGUUUCCUUACCGGUUGGAUGCCAACUGCCAUCAGAGGUGACUGUGGCCCAUCGGACCUGCCCAUCAGCCUCUCUGUCCACUGCCUAGAUCACGAUGCCUUUCUUUUUGCUCUCUGCCAGGACCAUAAACUUCGGAUGUGGUCCUAUAAGGAUCAAAUGUGCCUGAUGGUUGCAGAUCUGCUGGAGUUCAUGCCGGUCAGCAGGGACCUGCGGCUUGCGGCUGGGACUGGGCACCGACUGCGACUGGCCUUCUCCCAGUCCCUGGGGCUUUACCUCGGCGUGUACAUGCAUGCACCCAAGCGAGGGCAGUUCUGUGUCUUCCAGCUGGUGAGCACCGAGAGCAACCGCUACAGCCUUGACCACAUAUCCUCCCUGUUCUCCUCGCAGGAGACUCUCGUUGACUUUGCCUUAACCUCGACUGAGAUCUGGGCGCUGUGGCACAACGAGGAGAACCAAACUGUUGUGAAAUACAUCAACUUUGAGCAAAAUGUUGCGGGCCAGUGGAACCAGGUGUUUGUGCAGCCACUGCCUGAGGAGGAAGUGACGGUUCGACACGAUCAGGACCCCAGGGAAACCUACCUGGAAUAUCUCUUCAUGCCUGGCCGGUUCACAAAUGCAGCUAUCCAGAAGGCUUUACAGAUCUUUUCUCAAGGAACUGAGAGACACAUGGAUCUGACGUGGGAUGAGUUAAAAAAGGAGGUUACCUUAGCCGUGGAAAGCGAGUUCCAGGGCAGCGUGACAGAAUAUGAGUGCUCGCCAGAGGAGUUUUGGCAGCUGCAGGUGGAGUUCUGGUCCAAGUUCUAUGCUUGCUGCCUUCAGUACCAAGAAGCGCUCUCACGGCCCCUGGCCCUGCACUUGAACCCCUACACCAACAUGAUGUGCCUGCUGAAGAAGGGCUCCCUGUCUUUCCUCAUGCCCUGCUCCUUGGUGGACCAUCUCUAUCUCCUCUCUAACGAGCACCUCCUGACUGAGGAUGACGCUGCCAUCUUUGAUGAUUUGGAGAUGUCUCGUGAUGUUGUCUGUCUUGUCCAGUGCCUUCAACUGAUCGGAGAAUCAAUUUCCAUGGAAAUGGCAUUCAUCAUGGAAAUGGCUUGCUUCCGCCUCCAGCCUCCAGAAAAGGCUGCAGAGCAGAUCCUGGAGGACUUGAUAGCUAAUGACACGGAAAAUGUGAUGGAGGAUAUACACAGCAAACUGCAGGAGAUCAGAAACCCCAUCCAUGCCAUCGGAGUGCUCAUCCGAGAGAUGGACUAUGAGACAGACACUGACAUGGAAAGAGGUGAAAGCUCUACGGCAUGAUUUUAUCUUUCAGCUCAUCAUCUAAAUAUGCGCAUGAACCUCACCCAGCUGUACGGUAGUGGUACCGCUGUCAACGUGGUUUGCUGGGGGGUGUGUAAGAUUGCCACGAUCCGUUUCCUGAUCUGUCGGGACCUGUUGAUCCUCCAACAGCUGUUGCUGCGGCUUGGAGAUCCUGUGGUUUUGGGAGGGGGACAGCUGUUCCAGUCUCAGCAGGACCUGCUGCACCGCACCUCUCCCCUGCUGCUGUCCUACUACCUGAUCAGGUGGGCGAGCCAGCGCUUGGCGUCAGACGUCCCUGUCGACACGCUGGAAUCUAAUCUGCAGCAUCUCUCUGUGUUGGAGUUAGCAGACACCACUGCUCUAACACCCCAUAGACUAGUAUCCGGCCCUCAAACAAUUGUGGAGCUGUUCUUUCAGGAAGUGGCCAGAAAGCACAUCAUAUCUCGACUCUUCUUGCAACCGAACACCUCUUUGGCUGAAACAAGUUUGAACUGGCCCCAUCUCAUUACCGCAAUAGUGGCUGACUUUCUGCCGCUCCUAUGGCCCAGCAAUCCUGGCUUCCUCUUCCCCGAGUGCCUGAUGGGGAGCUGUCAGUACACCCAACUGCAGGAAUACAUUCGCCUGCUGCAGCCGUGGUGCCACGUGAACAUGGGCUCCUGCUGCUUCAUGAUGGGCCAGUGCUACCUCGUCAUGGGUGAGGGGCACAAGGCUUUGGACUGUUUCUGCCAAGCUGCGUCAGAGGUAGGAAGAGAAGAGUUCUUGGACAGGCUGAUCCAACCUGAGGAGGGUGAGAUGGUCUCCACUCCGCGCCUGCAGUACUACAACAAGGUUCUGCGCUUGUUGGACAUGGUUGGUUUACCGGAGCUGGUCAUCCAGCUGGCUACUCUGGCUAUCAUGGAAUCGGCAGAUGACUGGAGAAGCCAGGCUACUUUGAGGACGUGCAUCUUCAAACAUCAUUUGGAUUUGGGACACAACAAUGAAGCAUAUGUAGCCUUAACGCAAAACCCAGAUCCAAGCAGGCAGCUGGACUGUCUGCGCCAGCUAGUGGUGGUUCUCUGCGAGCGUUCCCAGCUCCAGGACCUGGUGGAGUUCCCCUACGUGAACCUCCAUAACGAGGUCGUGGGGAUCAUCGAAUCUCAUGCUCGAGCGGUGGACCUGAUGACCCACAAUUACUACGAGCUCCUGUACGCUUUCCACAUCUACCGCCACAACUACCGCAAGGCUGGAACAGUGAUGUUCGAAUACGGCAUGCGCCUGGGCAGGGAGGUGCGGACGCUCCGAGGGCUCCAGAAACAGGGAAACUGUUUCCUCGCCGCUAUUAACUGCUUACGGUUGAUCCGCCCGGAGUAUGCCUGGAUAGUGCAGCCAGCUUCUGGAGCUGUGUAUGAACGCCCUGGAGCAUCGCCGAAGAGAAGCCACGACGGGGAGUGCACGGCUGUUCCAACAACUCACCAAAUCGAGAUCCUGGAGCUGGAGGAUUUGGAGAGGGAGUGUGUGUUGGCCCGGAUCCGGCUGACUCUGGUACAGCAUGACCUGUCAACAGCGGCUGUGGCAGGCAACUCUACGCCCGAGGAAACGCUUGCUCUCCUGGUCCGGGCUGGCCUCUUCGACACCGCCGUCACUCUGUGCCAAACGUUCAAGCUGCCCUUGACGCCCAUCUUUGAGGGACUCACUUUCAAGUGCAUCAAGCUGCAGCUGGGAGGGGAGGCGGCGCAGGCGGAGGCCUGGGGCUGGCUGGCAGCGAACCAGCUCUCGGCGCUGGUUACCACCAAGGAGUCCAGCGCCACAGAUGAAGCCUGGCGGUUGCUGUCGUCCUAUUUGGAGCAUUACCCGUCCCAGAACAGCCUGUACCAUCGUUGCGUCAUCAACAAGCUCUUGGCACACGGGAUACCUCUGCCCAACUGGCUCAUCAACAGCUACAAGAAAGUGGAUGCUGCCGAGCUGCUGCGUCUCUAUCUGAAUUACGAUCUGCUGGAGGAGGCUGUGGAUCUGGUCCUGGAGUACGUAGAUGCUGUUCUGGGCAAAGGGCACCAGUAUUUUGGCAUCGAG